AUGCAUCAACUUGAAGAUAUAUUGAACGCGGCUUCAUUUCUGUCGGCAAAUUUAUCAUCUAUAGAUGCCCAACAAUUGUCCGAGGAUCACCGCAAAGAAUUACAGCUUGCGUUAGAUGGAUUAAAGAGAACGCUGCAGCCACGGAUCAGCUACGAUUUAUCCUCGCAAAAGAUAGCCACUUAUAGGAGUGGAAACUGCCUGCAAGCUUCAGGGAUCGUGCCUUCGGCGCUCUCCCAACUUCAACAGCUAGAGACAUCAAUACCUUCUCACACUGAAACAAGCCAACCAGCCAGCAAUACCCAUAGCGUCGAAGCCCCUAUCGCACCAACUCUGCCGAAAGCGGUUGCUUCGUUCAUGAAGAAGCUCCAGGAUCAUUCCGAAGAGAUUCACAGUUUGGUGAGCGCCAAUGAAAAACUUCCAGAUUCCCAAAUCAAUUUCCAAACCAAUGACUGGACGACCGAAGAGGAUCCCCGCAUGGUUUACAUCGCACUGUCAAGUAAAAAGCCCACCCCUCUGGAAAGAUUUCAGGGUUGGAUGAGCAGAUAUUCAUGUGCCGAAGAAUACCGAACCUGGGCAGAGAAGAAGUAUGCGCUCACCGAUCUUUUAAAUCUGAGUCUGAAAGAUGCAGACAAUAAAGGAGCGGGUCACGUUGCUGAAUUCUUGUCCGUCCACGGUCGACAAGACGAUAGAAGAUACCGCGAUGCGAUACAAUACGGGUUAAAGUGUAUGUCAUUUGAGGGAAUCUAUGAAGACCCCGGAGUCUCUGCAGUUCUCUGCCUCAUGUUUACCGCAUUCCGAGAAGUAUCCUACAAGCAUUUGGACAAAUUGGCGCAAGCAAUUCACAACUCUACGGAAUGGUCUGAGUUCAUAAAGGGGAAAGCAAAGUGGAUAUCAGAUUGCCAAUCAUUGCACGAUGAUCGGUGUAACCGUCAGCGAGAAUGGCAACGUUCCCGGAAGCGUACACUUGAGUUUGGUGAACAAAGCCAGAGCAAACGUUUGGAACCGGCUUUUAUAGCACAGGGCACCAGCUAUGCCUCAGCAAGCUCCCCAAGGAUUUACGACCCGUUAGAAUGGGAUUUCAGAUUCCUUCUCGAACAAGAGCCGAUGUCUCAGUCUAACCCAACCCCGCCUAUACUAUGA